UGCGCUUUUGAUGUUAAUGAGAGGCUAUCAAUAAAAAACAAAAAAUAAAGAAAGAAAACUCUGAGCAACUAACGAAGUAAAGAAAAUGUUUCUGUCAAAGUUUCGUUGAUUACAAAUUGAAAUUAUCUAUCCCAAGGAAUUACAUCUGCAGAAACUAAAAUGCCUCAAGAGUCUUUUGAUAGUUAUGUAGGCCAAAUUUUAUCCAAGUAUCAAUUUCCUGAUCGGGCCAAACGUGAUGUCUGUGCUGCCAUACGAGAAUAUCAGAAUCUUAGAGUAAAACUAGAUACUUACGUUUUUAAUGAUGGUUCUAGACAAGAAUUAGCAUGCUUAGAUGGCACAAUUCCAGUUAUGUAUAAAGGAACUUAUUAUCACAUACCAAUUUGUAUUUGGUUGAUGGAUUCACAUCCAUAUAGUUCUCCUAUGUGUUACGUAAAGCCUACUGCAGACAUGCAAAUCAAAGCCUCUCGCCAUGUCGAUACAAAUGGAAGGAUAUACUUGCCAUAUUUGCACAAUUGGCAACCAGAUAAUUUUGAUUUACUGGGAGUUAUUCAUGUGAUGAUAAUAGUAUUUGGAGAAACACCACCAGUAUAUUCAAAGCCAAAAUUGCAAAAUUCUUCUGCUUACACUACUACUCCUUAUCCUACUGAGCCAUCUAGUUUUAUGCCUAUGCCCAAUGUAGGUACAACUUACCCUCCAUAUCCACCUGUGCCAGCUACGGGUCCAGCUCCUUAUCCUGCUGUAUCAUCUGCUUAUCCUUCUUAUCCUGGUAAUUAUCCUGUUGCUUCUGGUUACAACUAUAGUGGUUACAAUGCCGCUACAGGUGGAGUGCCAACAACCAAUAAUUAUCCUCCAGUAGCUGCUACUGCUUCAAACCCAUUGCCAUACCCCCAAACUACUGCCUCAAAUAUGACUCAACAGAGCAGUGGUACGAUAACAGAAGAACAUAUUCACGCCUCUCUUCUGUCUGCUGUAGAGGAUAAGUUAAAGAAACGUUUGCGAGAAGUUCUUGCUCAAUCACAAGCUGAAAUUGAAGUUCUUAAAAAGACAGAAGGAGAUUUGAACAAAGGCAAGUCAAAAAUUGAAGAAAUUAUAAAUCGUAUGCAACAAGAGCAGAAACAACUGGAAAAGAAUGUACUAACCUUAAGUUUAAAGGAAGGAGAAAUUGAAGAAUUGAGGCAAAAAAUUGAACACCAAGCCAAUGUUCCCAUUGAUGAUGCUGUUGUGACUCCUGCACCUCUAUAUAAUCAGCUUCUCAAUGCAUUUGCUGAAGAGAAUGCUACUGAAGAUGCAGUAUAUUAUCUUGGAGAAGCCUUGAGAAAAGGUGUAAUAGACUUAGACAUUUUCUUAAAGCAUGUACGUUCUUUGUCAUGGAAGCAAUUUAUGUUGAAAGCUCUGAUGCAGAAAUGUCGAGAGAAAGCAAACCUUCCUCAUUAAUGGUAGACGUUCCAGGAGCACUACAAGACUCACAAACUGUAAAAAGAAUUUUCUGAUUUUACGUUCCAGAUAUUCAAAAGCUUUAUGCAAGAGCAAAAUAAUCUGUUCUAUUAGAACCUUGUAUAAUAUACAUUGUUUAAUCGUAAGAAAAUAUUUUAAUUUAAAUAAACCUGUUAUAAUAUUUAA